AUGCGGGGGAUCCCAGAGAGGAAUGAGGUUAAGGUUAAGGAGUGUCAGGGCUGGAAUGUGCGUGCGCGUCUGCCUUGGCAUGUGAAAGUACUUGCGGGGCGCGGUGCGGGCGGGAGGCUGAGGACGAGGGUGAGGGGCCACUUGCCGGUGAGCCCCAGGGUGUCUCUGGGUGAGUCCCAGGGCGGGUCUGUUUGUGGCGCAUCUCGGCUGCGGGUGGACGCGCGUUGGCGGCUGAAAGUGAGGCCAGGCUUUGCCUCAGAGCCAAGGGUUCCCGGAGCUCCCGCUCACUCGCUCAGAAAUUUCCCCCGCAGGAGCCCCUCAGCCAGGCGCAGCCGGACUGGAAACGGUUCCCGUGGGGUCCCGCAGCGGGAGGGCGGCGGUGGCGGCCCAUGGAGAAGGAGGCUCAUCCCUCCUCACGGGCGACGCCCGCCCGGGCCCGCACCCCGCGCGCCAACCGCCUGCGCCCCGCGUUGGGAACGCUUGGGCACGCGGCGUCCCGGCGUGCAGAGGGUCCCAGGCCGAAGUGCCACAGGACCCCCGGGGCAUGGCCGGCGGCCCAGGCAGAAAGGUCAAGGACGCGGAAGCUGGAGCUCGGGCCGGGAGGCUGCGGCACAGCGCGUCCUCCGAGUGAGGACCGCGGCAGGCGGCGCCCGCCUUGGCUCCCGGGCGUUCCAGGUGGCGUCCGCGCCCUCUCCGCGCGGGGCGCUCGCUCUUGGUGCCGGGAAGCGGGGCGCCCGGAGGUCGCGAAGCCACAGCAGGGGCAGCCCCGGCGGCGGGCCCGGGGCGACCGGCAGGGCUAGGGCGGGCAGCGGCAACGCGGGUCUCGGGAGGCCGCCCGCAAGUUGCUGGGCGCCGACGCGGAGGCCCGAGAACUACAGGACAGGAGCUCAAAAGAUCAAACAUAAUCAGAUGUUUGAGAUGCAUAGAAUUCCUUUUGGUUUCUUCAGUGACCUGCUGUUCAUUGAGAAGCAUAUUGUCAGUUUCCACAUAUUUGUGAAAUUACUAGAGUUUCUUUUAUUGCUGAUUCCUAGUUUUAUUCCAUUAUGCUUGCCCUGCAUUUCCCCCUGUAUUUGUGGAAACUCAUGUGUCAGUUCAUCCAGUAAUUCUAGAGUGAUCGUUGGAAUUAGGUAUUCCCACCAGUACUUUUCACCAAUUGCCACAGGAUUCUCCCAGUUUGAUGGUUUACAAGUGAACAUUAUACCAUUGAUUGCCAAAGCAGAUACGAUUUCUAAGAGUAAUUUACCGAAGCUUAAGAGUAGGAUUAUGAGUGAGUUGAGCAGCAAUGGCAUCCAAAUAUACCGCUUCCUGACAGAUGAUGAAACUCUGAGUCAGGUGAACUCCUCCAUGAAUGAAACUGGACUAACAACGAGGCCAAAAACUUUUCCUGCCAUGACUUACUCUGGAAAUAGCUGGCAGCGACUGCAAGAGACCCGCGAGGGGCUGUGACAGCCGCCCAGGCCUUCCACUCAGGGGUUGCCCGAGGGACAGAGCAGUGAUGCCUCCCUGGACGGCAGAAGGCCACCGCUUUAUCAGAAAGUGCUGCGGAAAAUCAGUGCUAAGGAAUCCGGCACCUGCACAGCUGGGAACCAGCAGAUGCGGCAGAGGCUGGUGAAUGCAGGGUGUGACCAGGAGGGCGGCAGAGCGCUCAAGCCGACUGGCAGCAGGAGUAUAGAAACGGCCCCGGAAUACAUCAGUAAAGGCUGCCUGGGCCCCAGGAACGAACAGACAGUGCGAGUCGUUAAGCAGACCCCCAGGAAAGGGCCUGGUGCAACCCCAGUGACAAUGUCGCGGAGGCCCAGUUUCCAGGGCGAAGCCUUCCCACCCUACCACCUGCUGGGCGGCGCUGGAGGAGGUGCCAAGCCUUCCCCUGGACGGUGCACCCCUCCUAAGGCUACGGGACAGCGGGCGUGGAGGGGGUGGGGGGCGCACUUCCCGGGGGCUCCCGCACUGCGGGCCCCUCGCUGCCGCUACUUGAGCAAGGCGCUGCCUGAGGCUGGGGUCUACUGGGGCCUGACAGCCAAGGGCCAGCCCGACGGCCCCGCGCCCAGAAGGACCUACUCCUUCAACAGCCAGCAACUGCAGGUCGGCGUGCCCGUCCAGGCCGAGCCCUCCCUGCUGGCUCCCAACACCCUCGGCAGUCCCUACCCGCUGGACCUGGAGUUGGGCAGCCCACACUGCAGGUGCCUGCCCCCCUACCCGAAUCACCUGCUGCUGCCCAGCAUGCCGGAGCAGUACGACCUGGACGGCCUGUGUGUGGGCAUGGAGCAGAGCCUCCGAGGGGGUGCGGCGGCCAAGCCCGCCAAAAGGGCAGACAAGAGCCACUAGGGCGCCAAGGGGCACAGAUGCGGGAAGGACAAAAAGCAGAUCCAGACUUUUUCCUAAGUCCUUGGCUGCAAAAACAGCAAGGAGGAGGAGAAGCAAGAGUCACACUUUAAGUAAUUCAUGGAGCAACACGUGGAAAAUGUCAUAAAAACCUACCAGCAGAAGGUGAACCGGAGGAUGCAGCUGGAGCAAGGGAUGGCCAAAGCUGGACUGUGCGAAGCUGAGCAGGAACAGAGGGAGAUCCUCUACCAGGAGGAGUCUAAUUACAGCAGGCUGAAGAGGGCCAAGGUGAACAAGCCCAUGUUUGUGAAAAUCAAAACCCUGGUGCCUUUGGAGAAGUGCACUUGUAAGGUGGACACUCACUCUCUGUACACCAUGAAGACUCUGAGGAACGAGGAUGUGCUGACCCGGAAUCAGGUGGCCCGUGUCAUGGCCGAGAGGGACAUCCUGGCUGAGGCCGACAACGAGUGGGUGGUGAAACUCUACUACUCCUUCCAAGACAAAUACAGCCUGUACUUUGUAAGGGUGGUCCCUGGUGGGGAUGUGAUGAGCCUGCUGAUCCACAUGGAGGUCUUCCCUGAGCACCUGGCCUGGUUCAUCAUAGAGUUGAUGUUGGCCAUUGAGAGCGUCCACAAGAUAGGCUUUAUCUACUGGGACAUCAUGCCUGACAACAUUUGGAUAGAGCUGGAUGGUCACAUCAAAGGGACAGAUUUCGGCCUCUUCAUGGGGUGCAGGUGGACUCACAAUUCCUAAUACUACCAGAAAGGAAACCACAUCUGACAGGACAGCAUGGAGCUCAGUGACCUCUGGGACGAUGUGUCUAACUGUCGGUGUGAGGACAGGCUGAAGACCCUGGAACACAGGCACCAGUGGUGUCUGGUGCACCCCCUGGUUGGGUUGCCACGUUACAUCACUCCUCUGCAAAGGUACACCUUGUGGAGCAUCAGCAUGAUUCUCUUUGAGAUGCCGGUCGGGCUGGUGCCCACACUCACAGAAACCCAGCUGAAGGUGGUCAACUGGGAGAACAUCCACAUUCCUGCCCAGGUCAAGCUGAGCCCAGGGCCAGGUAACCUUAUCACCAAGCUGAGCUGCUCUAGCUGCCUGGGGGAGGGACAGGCCGAUGACUUGAAGGCCCACCCCUUCUUCACCAUAGGCUUCUCCAGCGACAUCUGGAAGCAGCCAGCCCCCUACGUGCCCACCAGCAGCCACCCCAUGGACACCUCAAAUUUUGACCCCACAGAUAAAGAAAGCCUGUGGAAGGAGGCCAGCGAAGGGAGUACCAAGGCCUGGGACACGCUCGCCUGCCCUGGAAACAGGCCAGAGCUCGCCUUCUGUGAAUUCACUUUCCGAAGGUGCUGUGAUGACAGUGGCUUCCCCUUUAGAUGCCACAAGCCUUCAGGAGCAGAGGCUUCACAGUCUGAGAACUCAGAUUAAAACUCCGAUCUGGUGGAUCCGACCGAGGGUGCCAGCUGGCCUUUCGCUGUGGCAGGGAGUAUGGAUGAGGUGAAGUUGGGAAAAGGAUGGUCAGAGGCUGUGACUACCCCUGGGGAGUUUUGCAAGGUAAAUGUGAUGAAAGAGUGCAGCUUCUGGAAAUACGGAGUUAAACAUUCCAUGUCUGUCACCUUGGAAAAUGAAAAUCACUGUGACUUUGUUAAGCUCCGGGAUAUGCUUCUUCCUACCAAUAUGGAAGACCUGAAAGAACAGACACACACUCAGCACUAUGAACGUUUCAGGUACUUCAAACUGCAGUCAAUGGGUUUCACUGAUGUGGGCCCGGACAACCAGACAGUUAGCUUUCAGGAGAUCUAUGAAGCUAAAAUAGAGGUUUAUGCAAUGGGCAAGUAUAUUCUUUCAGCUGUUCUGCCGCACUGUGCUUUGAGUCACAACUGCACAUUGAUGUCCCAGUUACACGACAAGUUUGAGAACGUGAAGAGGAUUCAACACAAGGAGGUGAUAAAGCUUGAAGAAGAGAAAAGACAACUGGAAGAAGACAUAGUAGAUCUUUAUAAAAUGAAGGCUACUUCUGAAACAUUUCAGCCGCCUAUGUGCACCAAUGUUGCUAUCAAAAACAUUAUCACCCAUGCCUAUGUUGUAGAGCUUUUCUCUUAUGCUUUUAUCUGCAAAGAAGUAGCUGAGGGUGCUGCUUAUGGAUUAAAGGAUCUCACUAGCAUGCUUCACAGUGUUUUAGACGAUUGA